AUGGCUACAAGAAAGCGAUUUGUGGCCCGAACUGUUGGACGUCAAUGGGACGUUGUUGGUUUGCCUCUAUUGGCACUUCCAAAUGACGUGAUUAUUGUGAUUCUAGAGAAAGUGGCUUCGCAAUCGCUUUGGUCACUGAGACAACUGAGACGUACAUGUAGAGAGCUAAGAGUGUUGGCCGUUCAUGAAGCUAUAUAUCCUGUUGCCGCCACAGAUCAAAUUCCCUUGAUGCUGGAAGACCAAAAUCAUCAUGCAAGACUGUUUAUCAAACGUUGUUUUGAUGCAGGAAACUUGGAGACGAUUUUCUACAUUGGGAUCGUAAACUUCUUUUGGAGAGGAAAGGAUGCCUUUUUUGGAUGGACAAACUUGGUCAGGGUUGCGAGAAGCGGUCUUAGAAAGGCAAUGUAUGUUUGUGUGAUGUUAAGCUUUAUCAAUGGGAGAAUGCAUCGAGCUGGAGUGGAACCAGAAAUGAUACGGUUUUGGCAAACAUUAAGGGAAGAGAAAGAAAUACAAGUAUGUAGGUUACAAGUUCAAGGGAUUAUUAUGUUCCUCUCCAUUGGUCUUAGGCAUGGGGUCGUUCAGAAAUCACUUGCAUCUGUAUGUUCAAAGCCAGACUGUGACUGGAGCAGCAUGUACUACCCAGGGGAUGUCGUCACUAUAAUGGAUGAGGCGCCAUGGAACGACGGGACGAUUUGUGAGGAAUGUAGACUGGACAUUGAAAUGCAAUGGGUUUGUGAAACCAUUGGGUUUUGGCCUACGUGGACUUAA